CGCCGCCGCCGCCGGGAGCCCGGGCCGCGAGCGAGAGCAGCGGGGCUGACAGCCGGCCCCGCCGCCGGACGGCUCGGCGCCACCAGGUGAACGGACAUGGCGGGCUGGAUCCAAGCCCAGCAGCUGCAGGGAGAUGCGCUGCGCCAGAUGCAGGUGCUGUACGGGCAGCACUUCCCCAUCGAGGUUCGGCACUACUUAGCGCAGUGGAUCGAGAGCCAGCCGUGGGAUGCCAUCGACCUGGACAAUCCCCAGGACCGAGCCCAGGCCACCCAGCUCCUAGAAGGCCUGGUACAGGAGCUGCAGAAGAAGGCGGAGCACCAAGUGGGGGAAGAUGGGUUCUUACUGAAGAUCAAGCUGGGGCACUAUGCCACGCAGCUCCAGAACACGUACGACCGCUGCCCCAUGGAGCUGGUCCGCUGCAUCCGGCAUAUUCUGUACAAUGAGCAGAGGCUGGUCCGUGAAGCCAACAAUGGUAGUUCUCCGGCUGGGAUCCUGGUGGACGCCAUGUCUCAGAAACACCUCCAGAUCAACCAGACAUUUGAGGAGCUGCGCCUGGUCACGCAGGACACAGAGAAUGAGCUGAAGAAGCUGCAGCAGACUCAGGAGUACUUCAUCAUCCAGUAUCAGGAGAGCCUGAGGAUCCAGGCUCAGUUUGGCCAGCUGGCCCAGCUGAAUCCACAGGAGCGGCUGAGCCGGGAGACGGCCCUCCAGCAAAAGCAGGUGUCCCUGGAGGCCUGGCUGCAGCGUGAGGCCCAGACGCUGCAGCAGUACCGCGUGGAGCUGGCCGAGAAGCACCAGAAGACCUUGCAGCUGCUGCGGAAGCAGCAGACCAUCAUUCUGGACGAUGAACUGAUCCAGUGGAAGCGGCGGCAACAGCUGGCGGGGAACGGAGGCCCCCCCGAGGGCAGCCUGGAUGUGCUGCAGUCCUGGUGCGAGAAGCUGGCCGAGAUCAUCUGGCAGAACCGGCAGCAGAUCCGCAGAGCCGAGCACCUCUGCCAACAGCUGCCCAUCCCUGGCCCAGUGGAGGAGAUGCUGGCCGAGGUCAAGGCCACCAUCACAGACAUCAUUUCAGCCCUGGUGACCAGCACAUUCAUCAUCGAGAAGCAGCCCCCUCAGGUCCUGAAGACCCAGACCAAGUUUGCAGCGACGGUGCGCCUGCUGGUGGGCGGGAAGCUGAACGUGCACAUGAACCCCCCCCAGGUGAAGGCCACCAUCAUCAGUGAGCAGCAGGCCAAGUCGCUGCUCAAGAACGAGAACACCCGCAAUGAGUGCAGUGGAGAGAUUCUGAACAACUGCUGUGUGAUGGAGUACCACCAGGCCACCGGCACCCUCAGUGCGCACUUUCGGAACAUGUCACUAAAGAGAAUUAAGCGAGCUGACCGGAGGGGCGCAGAGUCCGUGACGGAGGAGAAGUUCACGGUCCUGUUUGAGUCUCAGUUCAGUGUUGGCAGCAAUGAGCUUGUGUUCCAAGUAAAGACUCUGUCCCUUCCCGUGGUGGUCAUCGUUCAUGGCAGCCAGGACCACAAUGCUACCGCCACUGUGCUGUGGGACAACGCCUUUGCUGAGCCAGGCAGAGUGCCAUUUGCCGUGCCCGACAAAGUGCUGUGGCCGCAGCUGUGUGAGGCGCUCAACAUGAAAUUCAAGGCCGAAGUGCAGAGCAACCGGGGCCUGACCAAGGAGAACCUCGUGUUCCUGGCACAGAAGCUGUUCAACAGCAGCAGCAGCCACCUUGAAGACUAUAAUGGCAUGUCCGUGUCCUGGUCCCAGUUCAACAGGGAGAAUCUGCCAGGCUGGAACUACACCUUCUGGCAGUGGUUUGAUGGGGUCAUGGAGGUGCUGAAGAAGCAUCACAAGCCUCAUUGGAAUGACGGGGCCAUCCUAGGUUUUGUGAAUAAGCAACAGGCUCACGACCUGCUCAUCAACAAGCCCGAUGGAACCUUUUUAUUGCGCUUUAGUGACUCCGAAAUUGGGGGCAUCACCAUUGCCUGGAAAUUUGACUCUCCUGACCGCAACCUUUGGAACCUGAAGCCGUUCACCACGCGGGACUUCUCCAUCCGGUCCCUGGCUGACCGGCUGGGGGACCUGAGCUAUCUCAUCUACGUAUUUCCAGACCGGCCCAAGGAUGAGGUCUUCUCCAAGUACUACACCCCUGUGCUCGCUAAAGCGGUGGAUGGAUAUGUGAAGCCACAGAUCAAGCAAGUGGUCCCUGAGUUUGUGAAUGCGUCUGCAGACUCUGCAGGGGCCAGCGCCACCUACAUGGACCAGGCCCCCUCCCCAGCCGUGUGCCCCCAGGCUCAUUAUAACAUGUACCCGCAGAAUCCGGACCCAGUCCUUGACCAGGAUGGAGAAUUUGACCUGGAUGAGACCAUGGAUGUAGCCAGGCACGUGGAGGAACUCUUACGCCGCCCGAUGGACAGUCUGGACCCCCGCCUCUCCCCACCUGCUGGUCUUUUCACCUCCGCCCGAGGCUCGCUCUCGUGAAUGUUUGAGUCCCCCACUUCUUGGAAACAAGCUCAGUGUGAAGGGUUCAUAUUACUUGUGAUGUUAGUAUUGCUCUGCAUAUUGAUGCCUCUGCUGGCAGCACAUUCACAUGUGCACGUGUGUGCGCAUGCACCUGCGCGCGAGGUGUGCCUGCCUCGCCUUCGCCCUCCAGGGUGUGUGGUUGUGGAGGCAGCCACCACCUUUCUCUUCAGAUCAAAGCAUCCCAAGGGCCCGCUGGGCCUGUCUCUGUUGUGGAAGGGGCUCAGCUUCCUCUCCUCAACGCAGGCAAACCUAGUCCCUGUCGGGACCUUUUCUGCCUAGCAGCUGUUUGAAUGAAAUUAUUCAAGGGGCACGGAGACAGGUAACGUCUCUAAGCUUAAGUUUUGCUCCUGAGUUAGAAGCUUCUUCGCCUCCAGAUGUGCGCAUAUGCAUUUAUGUAUGUGCAUCUGCUCUCAUGCGUGUGUGUUGGUCUAUUGAUUCUUUCGGGGGGGGGGGCUGGGGUUCCAUUUUGGGUACUAUUUUAUACUUUAUAUAAUGAAUACGGACUCGAGACUUUUUGUGAAUGGAGAGCUUAUCUAGACCACGGCCCUCACACGGUACAGAUGGGUCAUUUAAGUCUGGUUUUUCAGAGCUGCUCUGAGUAUGUGGCUUCUUAACCUCCUGGCGUCCAGCCAGAGGACUUGAGCUUCACAUCUGUGGUGCUGUUGCCUGGUCCUGCUAUCUCUUUUCAACCCCUAUCCCUUCCCAUCCACCGGGCCCCAGCCUUCUUUCCCGACUCUCUGCAACCUUGCUCGCAGGAGAGGUGGGAGAGGGGCAGGGACUGGUCUAUGACAUGGCGAUAUGGAGCACCAACAGGGGGCCGGGGACUUUGCAGGGUGAUCCCCUCCCCUCCCGGAAAAAUCCUGCAGUGAGGGACAGCCUCAGAGCAGCCGCGCUGCCAGCCGGUGGAACCUGGAGUGAGGGGUAAAAGCUGAUCUGCUCCCCUCUGCCAGGAGGUGCACCUGGAAUGGCCUCAUCAGUUGCAGACCGCUGAGGUCGGCUUGCUCCCAACCUCACACGCUCCUCGCUCUGGGGCAGCCGGUGGCAGGAGGUGGGGAGUCCCAGGUUGAAACAUCUCUGAAAGAAGGUGGGGAUGAGAAGAGGGAUUCUUGUGUACUUUGUACAUAGGCCACACAUUUGUGUGAACAGUGUUUUUGAAUAAAGUAUUUUUUUCAUAAA